GUGGGUGGUCCAGCUCGCUGUAGGCGGUUGUCCGCGGGAAGCAGGUGGAGGGCGGGAGAGCUGGGGCUGGUGAGGAAGGACUGAGAAGUCCUGGCCCCAGAGGACACCCCGAGGGGAAGAGCAGCUAGAAGAAUGGAGCGAGAGCGCGGGCCAGGACACCCCGCAAGGGGCCAGAGACCCCAGCCCGGGACGCUGCUUGGCGCACAGCUGGCGCUCAGUUUCUGUAGCUUUUGUUCUUAAAGGACACAGCGUGUGAUAGAAACCAAUUGUCAAACUCACGAGACCUAUGCACGUAUCUGAGACUUAAGAUCUGUGCUCUUUCUCUGAGAUUGGACCCUGCGUGGGGGACCUUCGAGGUGUGUCUGUACUGGACUAUACAAAUGAAGUGUUUGUGUUCUCAAUCCACGAUGACUCCGAACGUAGCUCACUGGACUGAGAUGGAGUGCCUGAGAGACCUUCCUGAUUGUUGAGUGGUCUUCCAGCUCAAAUGCAUUGGGAUAUGGGGAAGAAAAUUAAGAAGUCAAGGGAAGACAAGAGGCUAACAUAACUGGAGAGGUUUCUGAGUCGUCCGACGCUCAUCAUCCCCUCAACCCCUAGGGAGGAACCAGCAGGCCUGGUCCUUCCCUCGGCACUACCUGAGCGGGAAGGAGCCCCGCACCCAAGGAAAGGCAUCACUUUAGCUUGCACAUAUGAAGACCAUGGCGCAGGGAUCCCUGUCAUUCAAGGAUGUGACAGUUGACUUCAGUCAUGAGGAGUGGCAGCACUUAGACUGUGCUCAGAAGACUCUGUACACAGACGUAAUGCUGGAAAACUAUCACCACUUCAUUUCUGUGGGGUGUGACAUGAUGAAACCUGAAGUGAUCCUCAGAUUGGAACGAGGGGAAGCGCCAUGGACAUCAUUUGCAAGUCAUGUUUGCUUAGAAGAAAACUGGAAAGGUGAAGACUUGUUAAGGAAAUGCAAGGAAUAUCAAGAUGCAUACUCUGGAUCAAUUGUGUGCAUUAACCAUAAACUAGUUAUAAAGAAGAGUAAGGAAUAUGAAGAUACAUUUACUAUAGUGAAACAACCUGCUUUGUCAAAAGAUCUACCUCCUGAAUGUGAUAAUCAAGGAAACAUUUUAGAAACUGUUUCAGAAUUAAGCAACAGAACUCUGAGCCCUGUAAGACAAAGGCUUUAUGAAUGUAAUGGGCAUGGGAAAUCUGUCCUUAAUACAGUGCAAGAAACUGCAUACACUGAAGUCCAGUCCCCUAAUCAAUGUGGCAGGGCUUUCAAUCACAGCAGUGAUAUGCCUGUGACAUAUCAGAAGAUGGUGCCUCCAACACAGUCAUUUGGAUACAAUGACUGUGAGAAGCCAUUCCUUAGAAAGGAAAGCUUAAUUACACAUGAUAGUGUAUCCAAAGUGGGAAACAAACCUACAUUUAAAAAGAAAAGAACAACCAAUGUUGAAAAGAAACACAUAUGCACUGAAUGUGGGAAGUCCUGCAGGAAGUCAGUGUUGAUUCUGGGAAUUCACACUGAGGAAAACCCUUACCAUUGUCUUCAAUGUGCAAAUGCAUUUAGAAGAAAAUCAUACCUUGUUGACCAUCAGAGAACUCACACAGGAGAAAAACCAUUUGUUUGUAAUGAUUGUGGUAAGUCCUUCCGCGUAAAGACAAUCCUCACGGAUCAUCAAAGAACACACACAGGGGAAAAAUCAUAUGAAUGUCUGGAAUGUAGGAAGUCCUUCAGAUUAAAGUCACACCUUAUUCGUCAUCAGAGAACUCACACAGGAGAGAAACCAUAUGAGUGUAAUGACUGUGGGAAAUCCUUCAGCCAAAAGACAACUCUAUCUCAACAUCAGAGAAUUCAUACAGGAGAGAAACCUUAUGUUUGUAAAGAAUGUGGGAAGUCUUUUCACCAAAAAGCAAACCUUACUGUUCACCAUAGGACUCACACUGGGGAGAAGCCCUAUAUUUGUAAUGAAUGUGGGAAAUCUUUCUCCCAAAAAACAACUCUUGGUCUUCAUGAGAAAACUCAUACUGAGGAGAAGCCUUAUAUCUGUAAUGAAUGUGGAAAGUCCUUCCGUCAGAAAACAACCCUUGUUGCACAUACGAGGACACACACAGGAGAGAAAUCCUAUGAAUGCCCUCACUGUGGGAAGGCCUUUAGAAGGAAGUCAAACCUCAUUGAUCACCACAGAACUCACACUGGGGAGAAACCAUAUGAAUGUAAUGAAUGUGGGAAAUCAUUCAGUCAGAAGACAAAUCUCAACCUACACCAGAGAAUUCACACAGGGGAGAAGCCCUAUAUCUGUAAUGAAUGUGGAAAAUCUUUUCGUCAAAAAACAACCCUUACUGUGCAUCAAAAAAUACAUACAGGACAGAAAUCCUAUGAAUGCCCUCAGUGUGGGAAAGCCUUUAGCGGGAAGUCAUGUCUCAUUCAUCAUCAAAGAAUACAUACAGGAGAGAAACCAUAUAAAUGUAAUGAAUGUGGAAAGUGCUUCCGCCAAAAGACAAAUCUCAUGGUACAUCAAAGAACUCACACAGGUGAGAAACCCUACAUUUGUAAUGAAUGUGGUAAGUCCUUUAGUUAUAAGAGAAACCUCAUAGUCCAUCAGAGAACUCAUAAGGGAGAAAAUAAGGAAAUACAAUGAAAGAGGUGAUUCCUUUGUGAAGACUCUCCCACUGUAAACCUUGAGGUUUAAAAAGAAAUGUAAGGCUAAGCAUGUUAAUCACUAAUAGUUAUUAAAGGUCCAUACCACACAACUAGCACUUACUAACAUGAAAUGAGUAUGAUCAUCAUUGAACUAUAUCAGCUAUAAAGCUAGUAUUUGAGAGAGAUAGAGGCAGCACAAAGAGAGUAUACCCAACUCUGGACACAUGCAACACUUUCUGCAUCUGACUUUAUGUUGGGUUUCCAGACUAUGAGGUUUUGCAAGCAAGCACUUUUAACCACUGAGCCAUCUCUUCAGCCCCAUGAAGCUAGUUUUCAAUGGUAACUGUUCAUUUAUAUACUUUAAUUAAAAAAAAAAAAAUCCUGGCUGCAGAGAUGGCUUAGCAGUUAAGGUGCUUGCCUACAAAGCCUAAGAAUUCAUGUUUGAAUCUCCAGGUCCCAUGUAAGCAUGACACACAGCGAUGCCAGUGUGCAGUGGUGCACAUGUGCACAAGGAAGUGCAUGCAUCUGGAUUUACUCAGUUGCUGAAAGCACUGGCAUACCCAUUUUCUCUCUUAAGAUAGAUAAUUAAAAAAAAUACAUCCAAGGCAGAUGCUGACAAUCCUAGCACUUGGAAGGCAGGAUUAUAGUCAUCACUUUGAGUCGAAUCUAGUCUACAUAUCAGGUUCCAGGUAACCUACUGACAGAUACUUAUCUCAAAGAAAAGAAAUAAGUUCAGUAAUAGAUCCAGGAACAAAUUACAAAAUGAUUGUCAGUGUUCAUUUCCAUAAAAGGAAAUGACCAGGCUGGGCAUGGUGGUACACACCUUUAAUCCCAGCACUUGGGAGACAGAGGCAGGAGGAUCGCCAUGAGUCCGAGGCCACCCUAAGUAAGACUCAUAGUAAAUUUCAGGUCACCCUGAGCUAGACUGAGACCCUACCUCAAAAAAAAAAAAAACAAAAAAAAAAAAACAACUAAUUCACACCACAGUCUGAGUAAAUUAGUAAGUCCCCAAAUAUUAGUACUUUCCUGAUUUAUAGCAUCAUAAAAUAGUGUAUUUUAAAACAUCACAUGUAUUUUGUCAUAGAUUUGUGUUUUGUUUCAAUGAACAUUUUAACAAUUUGUAAAUUACCGCAUGUGACAAGUGUAUUUGAAUUUUGUAUGCUAUUCCAUUUUAAGACUAUAUUGUUAUUUAUCCUAC